AUGAAAACUACAUUAAUCACUGCUAUUGGCUUAGCUACCCUUCUUGCUAUCUCUACAUUAGUUUUAGUUAGAAAUACCUCAAACUUAAAAGAUAUCAGAUAUUAUGACGAAUGUACUGAGUUGUAAACAACUGAAAGUGGUAUUUUUGUUGUAAAUACUUGCCUCAAAUUCUAUAAAUUCACCAUAGUCCCUAAUCCUUAAAUAAAAAAGAAUGCUUUCACUACUCCAUGCUUAUCAACUUAUGAAAUGACUCCUACAGAUUUCACAUAAUUCACUUAGGUUUCUAAAGUCAAUAAAGUUGAAUGCAAACUCGGUUAAUGA